AUGAACUUCCUCCUCAAGACCCUUACCCUGCUCUCGAUCCUCGCUGCUGUUGUGUACGCCGAGAAUGUUCGCUGCAAGUGCAUGACGCGCUUCUCGGGCGCUACCGUGAGCGGCGACUCGAAGAAGGUGUGCCUUACCCUCAAGGACGCUUGGUACGACGACGACACGCAGGACUGUGUCAUUUCCAACAGCAACUGGCUCGGCCCGGGCACCUUUACGUCCGCGUGCCAGGCGCACACCGGCUACACGAACUGCAACCAGAAGGACCGCCAGCUCGACCGCCGCGCGGAGAAGCCCGCCGUGCUCGAGGCCCGUCACAAGGGCGAGAAGGCGUACUGCCAGUGCACCAACACCGUUCUCGGCUACCCUGUCGAGGAGCAGACCAAGGAGACGUGCGAGUCGAUUGCCGGCGUCGAGUACGACAAGGACUCGCAGUCGUGCCGCAUUAGCCCCGCGAACGACCUCCAGCUGGAAGAGUUCCGUCGCUACUGCCUGGUCUUUGUCAAGGGCAGCAGCUGUUAA